AUGUCGUUUACUAAUCAUCUAUCGGAUAUUAGUAGUCUUCGUAAUAAAUACUUUUCUGUACGUCAUGGUGAAUCUGAAGCAAAUGUAGCUCAGAUUAUUAGUAGUAAUCCACAAGUAGGCACUGAAAUUCAUGGACUUUCAUCAAAUGGUCGAUCUCAAGUCGCUGAAAAUACGAAAUUAUUUCUUCAAAAUUAUCCAUCAAAUAAUUCCUAUGUAAUUAUUUCAAGUGAUUUUCGUCGUGCACGCGAAACAGCUGAUAAUCUUGCUUCAAAUCUAACAGAUUCUCACGGGAAUAAACCAUCUAUUCAAUUAGAUAAACGUCUGCGUGAACGUUUCUUUGGUAUAUAUGAUGGUACAAGUGAUAAAAGUUAUGAUAUAAUAUGGAAAACUGAUGAAGAAAAUCCAAUAAAAAAUCUUAAUGAACAAGUAGAACCAGUUGAUAGUGUUCGAGAACGUACAACAGCAUUAAUUAAAGAACUUGAAGAUAAAUAUGAAAAUCAAAUUAUUUUUCUUGUUAGUCAUGGUGAUGCAUUACAAAUCUUACAAACGGCUUUUGAACGAAUACCAAAUGCAAAUCAACAACGAUAUUUAAAACAUUUAGAAAGAGCAGAAUUUCGUCCCUUGUUACUUAAAUAA